AGCCGGGCGGCCGCCGGCAGCCAGCGCAGUGAGGCGCUGAGCGCAGACGGGGCGGACCGCCGGCGGCCGUCCUAUACAGCCACUGCCCGAGGCGGGAGCACAGCCGAGCGGCACUGUCCCGAGCUCGUCACACACCCGCCACCAUGCCGUCCAUGGAGGAGAAGGCGCGAGAGGCCGGCCGGCUGGAGAAGUGCCCGCGGCCCACGUUCGAGACGCUGCUGGAACAGGUGGGGGCGUUCGGCCUGUACCAGCGUCUGAUGUGUGUGAUGCUGAUCGGCGGCUCCACACUGGUCUGCAGCCUCACCUAUUAUGCCCAGCUGCUGAUGAUGCUGACGCCGCCGCUCUCCUGCCGAGGGGUGCCCGCCGACAGACAGACGGACGGCGGCUGCGCGGUGCUGCCGGACAGCAGCACACAGAGUCUGCUGGACGCAGCGGGGGGCCCCGGCGAGCCCCAGGGCAACGGGUCCACCGGCGCAGGGGCGGCGGCGGACAGCCGCUGCGGCAGCUGGAGUUACGACACCUCCGUGCUCUUUGACACGAUUGCCUCGGAGAACGACUGGGUGUGCCGCGACGCGUGGCGUCCGUUCACUGUGAACGCCGUCUUCUGGGCAGGCAACAUCGUGGGCUCGUGGUUCUGGGGCAUUCUCAGCGAUAGACUGGGCCGCCGUCCGGCGACGCUGGCGUCCUUUCUGGUGUACGCGGCGGGCGGCGCGCUGACACUUGUGCAGCCGUCCAGCUUCGCAGCCAUCCUGCUGGUCCGCUUCCUGGUGGGCUCGGCGCACAACACCGUCAGCCACCUGCCCUACGUGCUGGUGAUUGAGUACUGCGGCUCGGCGUACCGCACGUACCCGCUGAUGUUGCUGAUCGCCUCCUGGGGCCUGGGCGGCCUGCUGCUGCCCUGGAUCGCCUACGCCAUCUGGAACUGGAGGAUCCUGGUGGUGAUCACCAGCGCGCCGCUGCUGCUCGCCCUCGCCCUCUACCGGUAUAUUCCCGAGUCGGCCUCCUGGCUGAUGGUGAACGGCCGCGGAGACGAGGCCCGCGAGGUGCUGCAGUUCGUCGCCUCCGUCAACGGCCGACAGCUGGACGAGGCCGUCUUCUGCGAGGUGAUGGUCGAGAAGCGCGAGGGCGAGCCCGAGCAGCCCACCGAGAGCCUGCUGCACGUGUGGAAACACCCCCGGCUCAUGAAGAACCUGGCGCUGGUCACGCUACUAUGGAUGCUGUCGAACGUGUGUUUCUACGGGCACAGCCAGAACUCAGGUAACCUGGGCAGCUCUGUGUUCGUCUCGUUCUCCCUGGGCGGCGGAGUGGAGGUGGCCGCCGCCCUGCUGGUGCCGCCGCUGCUGCAGCGCUUCGGCAGGCGCUGGCCCAUGGUGACCUUCCUGGUGACCUCAGGGCUCUGCGGCGUGGCCUACGCCGUGGUCGGAAACGCGCUGGCCACGGGCGGCCGGUUAGCGCUGGCGCUGGCCGGCAGGAUGCUCAUUAUGGGCGCAUACAGCACGUGCCUGCAGUACGGACCGGAGCUGUUCCCCACGGUGAUACGAGGACAGAGCCUGGCGCUCUACGAGACCAUGGGCGGCAUCGCCAUCUUCGUCAGCCCGUCCAUCGUCUACCUGCACCAGACAACACCGGGUCUCCCUCUGCUGAUAAUCGGCGCGCUAUCUCUGGUAGCCGGUUCCAUCACCACCCUUCUCCCGGAGACGGGUGGAGGUCACCUGCCUCAGACCCUGUCCGACGGCGACCUGCUCGGCGCCGGGCAGGGACUCUUCGACGCCUGCAGGAAACCCAGGAGCUACACAGACGAGGACUGCAGUGGGGAUGUGAAGGUCUAGGCCCGUUCUCUGCGGAGGGGAUGUGAAGGUUUAGGCGCGUUCUAUGCGGAGGGGAUGUGAAGGUCUAGGCGCGUUCUCUGCGGAGGGGAUGUGAAGGUUUAGGCGCGUUCUCUGCGAGGGGUUGAGGGUUAGGCGCGUUCUCUGCGGAGAGGAUGUGAAGGUCUAGGCGCGUUCUCAGCGCUGUUGCGAUGUGUGAGGUCAGCUGAUUGGUUGGUUGAGUGAUUCGUGAGGAGGAAGGGUUGUACGCAGUGCGCACUGAAAUAUGCUGAGAUGGAGACUUGGCGAACCGUGCGACAGGAUGUGAGCUGUCAGCUAACAUUCCCGAGUUUGUUGCUUUGUUGAUGGGGCCGUUGAUUGAUCAGAAGGUUUCCGUUACUGCCGGGCUAGUGAACUGUGAGGAGGGUCGGUACUUCCGGAGCUGUCUCAUCCAUGUGAUGAUCUGGGGAAGAAAGAACAGCGGAAGAAGCUAAACGCUACUUCUACAGGAGUGCCAAACUUAUCCAAAUGUUGGAAAUGUGUUACAGAUGUGUUGAAUGUUUAUUAAAUAUUCACUGUUGUUGUAGCAUUUAUCCGUCCAAGCUGGGCCGAUAGUCAAAAUUUGGGCCUGCUCAUCGUGCUAAUUUGUCUCGUCGUCCAUAAGGGUGUAAGCUGCAUACGCUAAAUGUCCUACGGGCGUCAUUCUGACCAUCUGUUCAGAGACUGUAGCCCAUUACUUUGUUCAUGAAUAUCAUUUGCUCACUUGUCGAGUUAUAAGUAAAGUAGUUCAAUCACCUCCAUAAGGGGUCGUGUCUUUUGACAAAUACAACGCCAAGAAGCGCUU